AUGCACAUUGUUAUUUUUUUCUGGGUAUCUUUUACAGCUGACCUUCUAUGGAAUUUUGGCUUUCUUGGGAUUCAUGCUACAAGCACUAACAAUGUCACCUGUCAUGCCUGCCCAAAGGGUACACAGGCAAAUAACAGUAAGUACAGAGUAUAAGUAUGACAGCCCCUCUUGCUGUAAAGUGAAUGAAGUAGAAAACAUUUUUCUCACACGCAGAACACAGAGCUGGAGCAUGGGUUCAAGUGUUCAGAGGUUCAUCAGGAGUUAUGGUGAUUCAAAGUUCAGUUUGUUUUGUUGCCAUCCACCAUUAGGUGAUGUACCCAACCGGCACCAGUCCUCCAUGCGAUCAUGUCGCACAUGCCAACUCUCCCGGAUUAUCCGGGAGUCUCCUGGUCUCCAGUAUGGGUCACCAAAUCUCCCAAGUAAAAUUGAGUUAUAAGAUUUUCUGUGCUUUAAUUUGGAAUUUAUCCAUUUUCUCCCCAAAUUUGAAUUUUCUUUGAUUCAUAGUUCAGUUUCUGGAGCAUUUUUGCACAUAUUUCAUCACUGACAAAGAUUAUUUCGCCAUAUUUACAAUCACAUGUAAAAGCAAAUUGUGAUGGUCUGUAACUGAUGUAAGACUUCAUCAUUAUAAUGUCCUAAGCCAUUCCCAUGGGAUUUAAGGAACUGGAUUGAAUUGUGGUUAUUGGGGGGUCGGGAUCAGGGUCAGGGGGUGUGUGUGUGUGUGGUGGGGGGGUUGGUCAUUGAUAUUAGGGGGGGUUAAUGCAAAAGAGGGAGUGUCCAGAUUUUAGAUUUCCAGAUAUAGAGGUUGGCAUCUGUGUCAUGUGUCUUUGGGUUGCUUGAGCAUUUGAAUUAGUGCAAUAGUUCUUGUUGAUACUUUUAUCUGUCUCAGUUUCGUGAACCCUAGGAUUUCACAGUAACGAUCGUUUCCUGGACUAUGUCAUUAAGUGUACCAAAAAACUGUUCCUUAAACUACCGCUGUAUUCAUCCUUCCUGAUGAAAGUUCUGUAUGUACACGUAUGCAUUAAGUGUUAAUUUUUCUUUCUACUUAGAAUAAUAAGGAUUUAAAGAACUUUAUAUACAGGCAAGAAGGGAAGAGUUGAAAUUUACCUUUAGACUGCACCUGGCAUUAGCACACUUUAUACAGGGCUUCUGACAGGUCACGGAAGAAAAAGUCAAAUUUCACAGGAUUUUUAGGGACAAAUUCGUGGAAAAAUCGGCUGAUUUCGCGGUAAUUUCGCAGGAGUUUUCAGGGCAAACUUCAUCAAAAAGCAAUCGGUAAAAAACGGCCAAUUUUGUGGUUAUUUUCAAGGCAAAUUUCGCUAGAAAUCAAUUGCUUACUAGCGUUUUUAAUGUUUUUCUAACAGAGGUUAUCAUUUGCUCUUUCAACAACAAUACGCCCCAGAAAUGAACCAAUGGCAAAGCCUUUAACAUCAUGGCUAGAGCCCAGUUUUUCGCAACAUAAUCUACGCCUGGUAGUUUCGGGAUGUUGUUUGCACAUUUCAGCCCCAAUAGCUGAAAUAAAUUUCAAAUAUGUUGUACAGACAUGUAUUUGAUAAGAUUUCAACCGAAUUUGGCGGUAUUUUUCGUGUUUUUGUGAAUUUCACGGGAUCUCGCAGAUUUACCUGAAUUUCAUGGCUCCGCGACUGCGUGAAAUAUUAGAAGCCCUGUUUAUACAUGUACCUUUUUGUUUACAUGUAACAGUGCACAAUUUUUUUCCAAGAUUUUCUCAUUACCAAAUAGGUGCCCAUGAUCCACGCGGAAAUGAAAAAGAGUUCUCCAUGCAGAUUGAAAUCCUAGGGCAUUAACUUCUAUUUUCUUAUUAGGUGUGUUUUACAUUUAAGCUGUCCCUUAAUUUUUUUUUUCCACUGUUGAUUUUUUUAUGGAAUGCGUUUUUCAUUUUUUUUUCUGUUUAUGCAACUGUAGGUUUACCUGAAUGCCUUAAUUGUUCUGAUAAAGGCUGGUGCCAAGAAACAAAGUAUUGCGUUAAAUGCCCUUCUGGAUAUUACCAAAAUCUGACUGGACAAACCCAAUGUGUACCCUGUCCUCUGGGUCACUACCAAAAGGAUUCUGGACAAACCCAAUGUCUACCCUGUCCUGCGGGUCACUACCAAAAUGAUUCUGGACAAACCCAAUGUCUACCCUGUCCUCUGGGUCACUACCAAAAGGAUUCUGGACAAACCCAAUGUCUUCCCUGUCCUGCGGGUCACUACCAAAAUGAUUCUGGACAAAACCAAUGUCUAACCUGUCCUGCGGGUCACUACCAAAAGAAUUCUGGACAAGCCCAAUGUCUAAACUGUCCUGCGGGUCACUACCAAAAGGAUUCUGGACAAGCCCAAUGUCUACCCUGUCCUGCCGGUCACUACCAAAAUGAUUCUGGACAAACCCAAUGUCUAACCUGUCCUGCGGGUCACUACCAAAAGGAUUCUGGACAAGACCAAUGUCUACCCUGUCCUGCGGGUCACUACCAAAUUGAUUCUGGAAUGGCUUUGUGCAAUGCCUGUAAGGCUGGGCAACAUCAGGAAAAUCCUGGACAAAAAGAGUGUAAACCUUGUCCAUUAGGGUUCUAUUCCGGGUAAGCAUGAUGUUAUCAAUUUACAGUAUUACUACUAUACAAUACAGUAGCGGAUCCAGGGGGAGGGCCCAGGGGGUCGGGACCCCCCCCCCCCCUAUCAGACCUGAUGCUUGUUUGAGACUGAAACUCUUACGUCGACAGGUUCGUAUAUCACUUUUUUAACUAUGUGAUUUUUUUUCAAUGAAACGCACAUUGCAUUUUGCCACUAAAAUAAAUUCCAGGGAUAUUCAAAAAUGUAAUUGCUUUUUGGGUACCUUCCUAUGAUCUGUUCUCCUCAGUAUUUCCUGCGCCAAUAGAAACCGGCGUAACACCUGGUCAUCUCUGUUACAAGUAAUUUGCCACAAAAAAGUUUCAACAGUCCUUUCUGAGUUCAGCAAUGUUUGGAGCCCCCCUCCCCCCCCAAUAAAAAAUUCCUGGAUCCGCCCUUGCACUACGCGUACAUGUACAAGAAUGGAUUUCCAUGUAAUGUAGGAAAAAAACAUUGGGUUGACCAGAAAGACCAGUUCACCAGACAUGUAUGUAUAAUAGGGUAAGGUUCUAAUAUUUACUUUUGGUACUGUAUUAGGGCAGUACUUAGCUUGAAGUGACAGUUACGUUAGUCAUUAGAGAGAUUUAGACCUGCAUUAACAGCAAGCUGCAAACCUCCAGUUGACAAAGUUUUACCUCAUUGUACCUGUUGUUUUCUGUUUGUUAUGUCUAAACAAAUAUUAGUGUACUCAUAAAUUUCAUCAAUAAGACACUUUUAGACACUUUUUGUCUGCUUUUUUCCCAGAUUGAGAAAUUUUCAAUUUGAAUCUGACGUUUGCUGUUAGCCGUACACAAUUCUAAAUCUCUCUGUUGUGUGGAUAACAAACCUUAGAUGGCUCAUUUCUGGGAAACUGCCUACCUACCCCUCCCCUAAGUCAACAUUAACACUUAACAGUUAACACAAAAUGUUGACUUAGGGGAGUGGUAGGUGGGCAGUUUCCCAGAAACAUAUAUAAUGAUCCGCUUAUUCUACCCCCAUCUCUCUAUCAGUGCUUUUUUGUACAGGCACAGUAUUUGACAUGUAAAUCUACUCUGAUAGGAAAGAUAUUGUAACAAGGAUUUAAGGCAAAGCCUGCAAACCUACAGGUUGUAACUUGGAACUUCUCAGACAAAAGGCUCUUUGUACUGUCCUAACCAAAUGUUCCAAAGUAAUCCUUGCUCCUUUUACAGCUGUGGCCCCCCAUGAUCAAAUGCGAGUUCAUGCAUGUGUGCAUUGUGUUGGAAAAUUAUUCCCGUCUUUUGUUUUAGUUCUGCAGGAGCUCAUAGAUGUAUUUCAUGCCAAUCUGGUGGAGUCUGCGGGUAAGAUUCAUAUUUUCAAAAAUAUACUAUAUAUUUUGGCACUCACCCAAAGUAUUAAGGAAAUGGCUAAUAAUUCAGCAAGGUGUACAAAUGCAUGAGAGAAAAUCGUCUUUAAUUUGUUCAGUCUAACAGUUUAAGCAUUAGCCCUCUAAGACCAAAACUCAAGAGAAGAGGUUAUGAGAAUUACAGUUGUAAUAAAAUAAUCACCUGAGGGAAAGAAAGUCUUAAUAUCUUGUAUGUGAAUUUGGGGGCUAAUUUACCUUUCACAGUGCGUAUCUGUUUACAGGUCAAAUUUGAUUUGAGGUUAAAUUUGAUUUAACCUUGGUUGAUUCUCAAUUUCCUUUGUUUCUUAACCCCAAUUCAUGAAUAAUUACCGGUAGUGUUAGGAGAAUUAAUUAAAUGAUCACCAGAGGUAAAAUACCUCGAUUUAAGGAUUAUGUAUGGAGAGGUCGGGAGCAGUAUUUUGUAUGUGGAUAUCGAGGCUCAGAGGAGGAGCGAAUAGUAUCCCAUGAUGCAUUUAUCCAGAGGCAUUACGCAAUAUCGCAGUCAUGGCAGAUUCCAUCGUGAAAUAAGGUCGUUUUCUCGUCCCCUUUUUUCUCAUUUGUGUUCCAGGAAAAGUAAGAAAAUUGCAUUAUUUUGUUAUUUGACAUGACUUCUCCGAUUUGCAAUGGCUUAAGAGCGAAAUUUCCACGUAGAAACAUUUAUUUUCAUUGUUUCACUUAGUCUUCUUAUCACAAUGUGUUCAGUGACCCACAGCAAGGUCAUGAAUAUUCACGAUUUUUGGAUUAUAUGUUGAAGUCUUCCAAAUGUGGACCUCGCGCCGGCAAAUUGAGGUCCUGAAUAUUGCACAGGCUAAGAAGUACCCAGAAGUACCCACAUUUUGAAGACUUUUUUAUCGAGCAAAGAUGGCUGAAAUUUCGUAUCUUUUAUCACAUUUCAACGCCAUGUGUGAUAAUAUAUGUGUCGUAUGUGUAAAGCCUGCUGAAGGCUACAUCUGUUGGGCGCUUUCGAGAGCACUUUAUGCUGAAGCAAUCACUUUGUAUUUUCAUAGUGGUUAUUUUUAAAAGGAAUUUGACUAUAAUUAUUUUAAUUAGAACAAGGAGCGGUAAAUAUUACCGUGUGUUUCAGUGUGAUAGGAACCAAGCGGCACAACGAGGCACAACGCUAAACAAGCCUGCUCAGAAAUUAAAAAAAAAAAAAUAUCAGAAACUUUAUUUAUUCGAAAGAACAGAUCAGUAUUCUGGCCAGGAAAUUUCCUUGAAGAUUGCGUGAGUCAGUACCGGGUAGAUUCAGAGGAUUGUUUGUCGCAUCGAUAGGUUAAUUUUAUUUGUAACUGCAGUUGUAAAUUGAACUCCUUUGAGCGCGAUGCUGAAAUAAAUCCUCCUUUAGCAAUUACCUUCGCAGCGUAGCGGCUGUUUUGUUGGAGCCACUUUUUAAAUCAGUCAUGGUUUCGGUUCUCCUGGUGAACCUUUCAGUUGCCAAGUCUCAUACUUUGUGUUUGUGGUUGCGACCGAGCGCACAAGUAGUUCUCGACAGAUCAGUGAAACACAUGUAACCCUUCAAAGUAACGCUGAAAUUCUUCUUUAAAGCACAAUGAAUAUCUGCUAACUCAAUAUUCUCAAAAGCAGAAGCUGCUGAACCGAAACAUGUUUGGAAACCAUACACAUCGAGCACUACGAUGUUCACUACGCGCGCACUGAAGAGUAGUGAUCAUGAUAUGUCACGUACGCAGUGAUCUCUGAGUGAUAAUAUAACAUGAAACGAGGUGCAUCACGGGAUACUAUUCGAUCGUCGUCUGAUCGAGGCUUAAAGAGUUAAUUAUUGCAGUAGCUUCCCCCUCCCCUCCCCUCCCCCCCCCAGUGAGAGUGUACAGAGUGAGGGUUUGCAAGAAAUUCUACUUUUUUAUGUUUAGUUUGUUUGCCUGAUUAAGAGAAUUUCAGGAUGCCUUCUUCUAAAAUUUAAUAAUGGUCAUGAUAGCGGCAGAGGUAUUUUGCAGAAUGCUGAAUUCUGUUUGAAUGACUCUGAAGGUACAGUAGGUGAUUAGGGUUACGAAACUGAGUGAAUCAAGUUUCAGGUCAGUUUUUUUCCAGUAUAAUGACCCUAAAUAGAACCUGAUUCACUCAGUUUCCUAACCCUAAUUACUAAACUCUGAGUCAUUCUGCGUUCAGCAUUCUGCAAACAUACCUUUGCUGUCGUGACAGCAUUUUUAACUCCUGUAUACUUCUAUUGGUACACAGCAUGCACGGGUGUACAACUUGCAUCGCAUGUCCUGCCGGACAAGAAGCACUCGAUAUGGGCAUGCACAACUGCACUCUCUGCCAUAGAGGUAAAAGUCUCACUGAGCAUCUCGUAAGAUGAAAAAUCACGGAAUUACUCGCAAAAUAAAUUAUUUAUACUCAAAAGAUAGCAGAAACACACAAAAAUACCACUCAAAGGAUUUCUUGGAAACUGUCUUUUUGAACUGCUUGCCCCAGGCUUAUACAUGUACAACUUCGUAAGGGAUUUUACGAGGGCUUAUAAACGGUGGUGGGGGGCUUACCGGUAUGUUCAGGGGGGGGGGGUUGCUCAUUUGUGAUAUAAGGGGGGAGGGCUUAUAACUGGACUAAAAAAAGUGUUUCACAACAAGGUACAGUGUACAUAGGAGUGAUGAUCAAAAUCCUUUUUGAAUUCGAUUGCUUUUUUAUCCUUCAAGACGACAUUGUUUGUAAAAAGUCGGAUUCAUUUCUUAGUGGGGGGCUUAUAACUGGAUUUACCUAUUAAAUUUUCAGCCUCGGAUAAUCCAUUUCUAGCAUUCUGUUUGGUUCGCCCAAUCUCGGUUAUCAGCUCAUAUACCUUAGUUUGACCUUAUAUGGAAAACACUUAUGUUGAGGAAACAAAAUUUCUCCCAGACAAAGUGGUGGAGAAUUUAAGUAGAUUUUGCGAGCUUUCUGCCAACAAAACAACAAAAAAACUGGAAAAUGCUAUACUGGCAGCAUCAAAAAAGCCUUGGGGGAGGGGGUAGUCCCUUUUAUAAGCUAUAUAGGUACAUCACGUAUGUGCUGCCUCAUUGGGACGGGGUUUUGUGUCAUUUUGGUCUGAAAAAGGGUAUACAUUUUGUUUACAGGUAGAUGGGCCUAUAACUUAAUGGGAGGGGGGCUUAUAAGCUCAGAAUUUUCUGGUAAUCUGAAACUGACCAAGGACCUGCUGGCAAAGAUGUUGCAAAUAAAUUCCUUGAAGCGGUAGAGAUGUUAUAAGCUUAGAAAAGUUUUGAAUUAUGCAUUUCAAUAAGCAGCAUUAAACUGUACUUAAAAUUAUAAAUUAAGUCCCAAAAAAGACACAUUAACCUCGAUGAAUUCCCCCCCCCCCUUUUUAUUUAAGUUCAACUGUCCGCUUACUUCUGAUGGCCUUUUACAAACAGUGAGUGCUGCAUUCAUGUGUGCCUUUUGCCUAUAAGAACUUCUUAAAUCAUUCAUUCAGAUUAGUACAGGUAACUUACAGUAGUGAGCAAUAAAACAAUCAUAACACCAUUUACAGAUGAUUUUUUGUUUAAUUUGUUUUCUUUUCCACUUGCUUUUUACGUUAGGUUUUGUCAAACAAAUUACAGGCUUUGAUUGGUGUACGAAAUGUAAAAGAGGCUGGUACCAAACCCAGAGAGGCCAGAAAACAUGUAAAGAAUGCCCUAAAGGUUAUUAUUGCCCAGUAAGUAACCAAGAUCAUUUUUCCAUGUGCCUACUAGUGGUUGGUAAAAGUUGUUAAUAGAGAACUUAUUUAUUUGGAGCAUGAAGAAAAAUCAACUACAAGUAGGAAAUUUGAAUGGGUUAUAAAAAUGGUUCGGGGAGCCUUUCUUUUAUAACUUAAUUAAUUGCCUAAGUAACGCACAAGCCAUGCACAUACAACUGUAGGCAGGUUAAUUGGACUUAUAAAGUCAUUCAAUUGAGAACAGAAAUUUGGAGGCUUUUCCAGAGGUAUUUUAUAACUUGCAAUUUGAGAAAUGAAAGCGAGUAGAGGAAAGGGCCACUCAUUUAUCAUCUGUAAAGAAUCAUAGAAUUUAAUCCUCUAUUACUUCACAUGGCAAUAUUUUAGGGGAAGGAACAUUACUGGAAAACCAAUAGUAUUGUCCACAUCUCCAAGAAAAACACAUUCUAACUAUUUCCGUAGUACAGUCAAACCGUGCUUUAUGAACACCCAGUUAAUAUGCUUGCCUCAUUUUUAUGGACAGUUUGCUUUGUCCCUGGGGAACAAUGUCCUGUUACUUUUUUCUCUAAAUUCAUUCCGCUUAUUUCUGUCUCCCUGUUUAUGCAGAUACUGUCUGUUGCCUCCUCAGAGUCUGUACGUAUGGGGUUUGACUGUAAUCGUGGUAAACUGCGCUCUUUCCUUGUAACAUGUUGUUAUUUUCAUGUACAUGUACAUUUCAGUGGGAGGACUCAGAGCCAAUUCCCUGUGAGUCUGGCCAGUUAUGUCCUGCAGGAUCUUAUGCUCCAGGAACAGAAUGUAAUGUAAUGUAUGAUAGAGAUGAACAAACAGAUGUAAGUAUCAGUUAAAAAAAUUUCAGUUAAUUUCCCUCUUUUCACCCUCAGCAGUAUUUAUAACACAAGCAGGCCAAGCUGUUCACUGAUAGGAAAUAAAUUAACGUACUGAAACAGUGAUAACAAGGUUAAGAAUCCCACCUGGCCGAAAGCAAACCAGUUGGCUUUUUAUAGGUUGGAGGGGUUAAGAAUUUGAACUUCAGACUGUCAAAAACAAAUCAAGCCAGUGCGCUUGGUGGAAGGAAAAACAUAAUCUCUUUUGUGGACUCUGGAUUAAAAGUGCGGCGCUCUGAUUGAUCAGCCAUGCUGCCCUUAUUGUUGUACAUGUAUACAGUUUACAUACUGUACUUAAAGGGCCUACGUCAUGCUAUUUGCCAUUUUUCUGUAAGGUUAAACUAAUCUUUUUUCGCAUCCAUUGAAUUCCAAAAAAGUGGUCCGGUUUUGUUAGUUAAGACACUAUACAUGUGUUUAGUCUUCUAACCUGUUUCCUGCGGUCUGAAGCAACGGAUUGCAAGGAUGGACGUGGAUUAAAACUUAAAAGUUGGCUAUGCCUGCAAAAAUCACCCAAAAAUAUUUUUUGCUAGUGCUCUCGCACGCAAUUUGCGUGAUAUCUGCUUCAUAACUCUACAAGAGUACUUUAAAGACACCAAACACUAAGUAAUGACUUCGGCACAGACUUUACCUAAAACAGCCAGUGCCCGAUCCAGGGAGCCCCCCCCCCCCAACUUACCAACUUAAUUUUAUACCAAACUGAGGCCCAGAGGGCCGAAAAAUUUUGAGACCUACUCCCCCUUCCCCCCGCUCAUCUGAAGGUCUGGAUCGGGCACAGACAACAAUACACAACGUAUCUUCGUGACAUCCAAAUGUAACCCCUUUAGUUUUUUACAAAAGAGUGUGUUAACCCUUUAAGUCCCAAUAGUGACCAACAGCAAUUUUCUCCUAACAAUGUCCAUACAUUGUCAAGAGAUAAGGUUGUGAGAAUAUAAAAAAUGAUCACGAAUGAGAAAAUGCCUUGAUGUUUUAUUUAAUUCUCUCAACUAAUUCUUAAAAGAAAUGUAUGGAGAUCAGUUUGGAGAAUUUGUAUUUGGAUAACUGGGCUUAAAGGGUUAAACUGGUGAAUUAUUGCAAGUAAUUGAAUUUGUACUUUUUUUCCAUUUAAACAGAAAUGUGAGCUCAAGUCUGUUGUUUACAUAGUUAUCUGCUUAACAGUAGCAGGUAUUUGACAAUUCUUUUUAUUGUACAUGGUAAUACUGUACUGUUUAAUCUCUUUUACCUCUACAAUGUAUUUCUGCUCAUUUCACAAUCUGUUUCAGUCAAACUUUCCCGCCAAGAGUGGAUUUGAUGAAUAUAAAUGGAAAAGUUAUUACUAUCCAUUUCAGUGAUGGUUAGCUGUUGUGUUGUGACGCAGUGUCUUUUCAGUAGUUUGAAGUAUCGUCUGUAAUAGAUGGUGUGCGCAGCUGUUUUUUUUUUUUCUCUUAAGUGGGAAGGUUGCGUGAUGACCCCAAACUCGGCUGCUUUGGCUACUAGACGAAGUGCGACAAAUUUUUGAAAACGCGUUCUUUGUUGUUGUUUUUUUUCUCAGUCGCAGUUGUAGCGGUAGGAUUUGUCGUGGUCAGGAGAUACAGACGGUAAGCAGAUAAUUGUAUAAAACAGCCUAACAGAUGAAUACUCCUUCUUUUAAUAUUUUUUUUCUGCGGUAGACAGUGAAGUAAACAGAAUUUGCGAUGCGAUUGUCAGUAGCUUCGCCUUGCAAACAAGUUUUCGAGUUCUACAUUUAGAAAGUCGCAAAGGUCACGCGCUUAUAAGCCUUGAGAGAUUGACACCCUCAUUUUACAUGGAUGUACAUUCAAGGAUUGUACAUACUCGCGUUACACGGCUCUGGUACCCUCCUUUCUCCCUCCAUUGUUGUUCGGUAAUAGUUUCUCUGUGGAUUUUUCCGAAUUUGAGGCCAACAUUUGACGGGAAAGCGAAAAGGAAGCCAAGCACAACUUUUCAACGUUUUAAUGUUACGAAUUGUAGCUACGAUCCUUACAUAACUCAUACGGCAAUCUCGUUUCCAGAUGAAAAUUGCGUUCAUCGGCAUUCAGCGAUUAAAUCUCACCUCCAGGAAGAAGGAACGCCUACAAAUUAUAAACAAUUCUGCUGAAGGGAUGAAAAAAAUAGUAGAAAAAAAUCAGUCGCAUAAAACGAUGGAUCUGCGUAAGGGCUCAAACCAUAAAUUUUCCCCGUGUACACUAUAAGGAGCCUUAGGCUCUCCUCGCAAUUUCCAGAUCUGAAACGGAUAGUUUCAUUGCAGGCAGGAUUGUUUGCAUUUUUAACUAAUAUUUUAUCAAAUAAAGUGUUGUUAGUAGGCAUUUUAAAUUAUUUAUUUAUUUAUUUCCGCGAGCAGCACGCUAAUCUUUGGAUAUCCUGUGGUUCUUUGGGUGUUCUUUUGCUAUUUAGGCGUUACAAUCUGGAUGUAUGUUUGUCAGGAUAAUUUUUAGCAAGUAUUUUCAGGGGUGUCAGCUUGAUUGCAAAUCGCAACACUCUUAUCGCGUCAUUCUGAUUGUGCUACGUUUCGCACAUUGUAGCGCUCGCAAACAGCUUUCAAUUAUUUUUUUUAUGACUGUAAACUGGCCACUAAGGACCCAGAAUCACAAAGAGCUCGUGAUUUUAUGACCCCUAAGUAGUCAGUUAUCCUACAACUAUUAGUUGACCUAAUAAAACAGCUGUAAUUAGCAAAAUGUGUAUUUAAGUUCACUUACACUUACAAUUUGUAACCUCUCGUAAAUUUAUAUAUUUAUUUCAACAGAAAUAAUGAACAGAGGCAACGCCUGCUGGAAAGACAACACCCAGUUUAUACAGGCUGGUGAAAGAGAUUUCUUAUAGCAACUAGGAACAUCGAGGAAAUCCUCGGUAUCAAAAAUGAUGUAAAUUAAGUUUAGCUAAUGUAUGUUUAGGUAGUGGGGACGUAGUUAAGAAAAGAAAUGUGCAGGAAAACUCUUCUCCCUCUGUUCGAUUUUCAUUUUACGCUCCGCUUCUUAUCUCACGCUCAUUGUCUCACUUCGCGCUCCGCUUCCCAUUUCAAGCUCCCCUUCUCAUUUCACGCUCUGCUUUUCAUUUCACGCUCCUCUUCUCAUUUCACACUCCGCUUCUCAUUUCACGCUCCCCUUCUCAUUUCACGCUCCGCUUCUCAUUUCACGCCCCCUUCUCAUUUUACGUUCCGCUUCUCAUUUCACCCCCCCCUUCUCAUUUCACGCUCCUCUUCUCAUUUCACACUCCACUUCUUAUUUCACGCUCCGCUUCUCAUUUCACGCCCCCUUCUCAUUUCACGCUCCGCUUCUCAUUUCACGCUCCGCUUCUCAUUUCACGCCCCCUUCUCAUUUCACGCUCCCCUUCUUAUUUUACGCUCCCCGUCUCAUUUCACGCCCUUCUACUGAUUUCAUGCUCCUCCCACGACCUGAAUACAUGGAACGGGCGUCAUCAUUUGACGAAAACAUCUGCAGUAGUAAUGUGGUUCUCUGUGUUUUGUAGUGUUUUACAAAAAUAUUUAGGGGAACAUUUUUCAUCCGUGGUGCGUGUUAUCGAUAUCAAUUAUUGUUAGUUUGGGAGGUUUUUGUCAAUGAAUAACUGGAUUCCAGAUUCGCAACGAAUUCACAGGGAAAAUAGAUUAAAAAAAAGAUAAAAAAUAUUUUGCAUUCGUCUUAGUCCUUAUGUAUGAUAAAAAAUUACAACAUCGUUCGAUACAUUGUAAAAUAUAUAGAUGUCAAACUGGUACUAACGGCAAAUCGAUGAACUAGUCAACAAAAUGUUAAAGCAAAAAAUAUGUUUCAACAAAAUUAUACUUUGUAGCGCGGCCAUGCCCAUAAAGGAAUGUUUUGUUUCUGAUGGCCCGAGCGACCCAUUUUUUCGGAAAAUGAAACACCAAAAUUUGACAAAAUCCUUUCUGCUGUGAAAAAAAAACGUCGUUUGAUACAGCUUUUUCAAUGAACGUUACUAUUGUUAUAUCCAUUUUGGCAUUUCCUGUUAAAGUUGUUUACGCUUUUAUUUGUUAAGACAGGUUUCUCUCAGGAGACGAAUAGAAGACACAUCUGCAGUCUUUUCUUUACAUGUGCUGUUUGAACAUGAUUCUAACCGUGGCUUGUUUUAACUUUUUGUUUUUUACCCUUUCGACCGACCUACUUCUACAAAAUAUUGCGCGAUGAAAAAUGAAACACAUACAUGUAAUGGGCAUGUCUUUUUUGAACAAUCAAAAGGUUCAUUUCCUCGCAUAGCUUAAAUAACUUUCAUCUUCCCCAUGGCGUGCGCAUGCGCGUAUAUGCGUCACAUUGGUCCGCUGGAAUUUUUAUUGCCGGUUUCUAAGCUUAAAAACAAUAAAUUCCAAGGAGCAAAUUCACUUGACAACGAGGUCAUCAACUCUUAAUCCCUUUCCUCUUUUAAGAAAAAACUGAAGAUUAAAUUAUGGAAUAAAUAUGAAAAAAGUUCAUAAAUCUUUUCAUCUUCGACUUUUCGCCAUCUUUUCUUCAAUUGAUGUGAAACAGCUCUAGCCCGUAGUUCGAGGAGGCCUAACCUCUCAUAAGCUACUAUAGUUUCUGUUAGGUCUCUUCGCCACUUCUUUUUUUCUUCUUUUCUUAUAUUUUUUGUAAUUAUUGUGUGGCAAGUAAAAAUAAAAUAAAUAAAUAAAUAAGUAAAUAUCUCCACCCUAUACCUUAAAAAAAUGACUCGACCCUCAAUUUCCCCAAAUUACGCACCUGUUAGUUAAAUUGACUCUUAUUGUUAUCGUCUGUCCUAGGAAGUAAAGCUAAAGUUUGGGAGUAAAAUUUCUGUACAGGUCACUAUGAAAUUGUCUUGUAGUAAAAAGCACGGGAUAAUUUAUAUUUAUAUUUUUUAGCUUUGUAUUAGUAUCUUAGGCUGGUCCUGAUGACUUUAUACCUAAGGAGGUGCUUGGUAAAUAAAAAUUUACACUC